CUGGAUAGUCCUUAUAUAUCCUCUAUCUGGAUAGAAACAGGCAAGGACUUCUGGAAAGGGGACUUCAUUGUUAUUGCUGAAAGAGUGCAAUGAAGAAUGAUUUCUAAAAUGAAGGGGACAAGGUAUAGUUUCAACUGUAGCCCUUCCUUAAUGUACAAAACCCAGUCCUGGAGCAGAGUCUUUGCUAGAGUUAUGUUGACCUUCCUUGGUUUCUUUCUCUGGGGAGCAGCUGUAGCUCUAUUGUUUGGAGGCAUAUUUGUGAUCCUCACUUACCAGAUUUACAGGAUCUUUAUUCACAACUCAUUCUUUGCUGUGCCAGGCUGGCUGGCGAUCACUGCGGCCUUUCUGCUCUUUCCCACUGGUGCUUUGGCUAUAUAUGAACCAGUGAGGAAUUCUCGCCCUUACCGGGGGACUCUGAUGUACCUGUUUUUGGUCCUGCUCUGUUUGGAAGCCUCUUCAGCUGUGAUGACUCGGAUCUAUUUGACCAACACAAGUGACCAACUUAAAAACAACAUGCAGCCUUUCUUUCACCGGUGUAACAGGACUGCUCCAGCUCACUGUGGCAGUGAAGCAGUGGACACAAUCCAUAAGCAGCUGGGAUGCUGUGGGCUCUCCAAUUACACAGACUGGAUGAGGAUGCCUCAGAACCAUCUCCGAACAACAAGACCGGGCAUUGCCCCUGAGAGCUGCUGCAAAGAGACUCACUUGGAUUGCCAUGGCAACAUGAGUGAGCCGGAGAAACUCUUUGAAGAAGGCUGCCUCAAAAAACUGGAAGAAAGACUCAGUUUUGUCAUGCAAUAUAUGGCCUGGUGUUGUGUGGUGGUGGGUUGCCUGGAGAUUCUAGCUGCUCUCGUCAAUGGGAUGCUUAUGAAGGAGCAGCCAUACCGAGACUUCCACCUGCUUGAAUCAGCCACUUUCUCAUAACUUGUAAAACUGGUCACUCUGCUUUGGUGCUUGCUGUGUUUCAUGACACCAUUAGGCAUUUGGUUUAAAGCUGAGAUAGCAGGCAUUAAACAAGUGUGUGUGUGUGUGUGGGGGAAGCCCUGCCAAAAUGCUGCCCAUGGCUUCCUUAGAGACUAUACCUUCCUUUCAGUGUACUGUUACUCGACAUUUUUCAAAAUUCAAGACAUGGACUGUAAGUGCUCCUGAAUAAAUUCAUGCAUGUCAAAAACCUCCUGAAGUGGGCAGCCUUUAUAGUGUUGCGUGUGUGGAUUGUGAAGCCUCUGGCACUGAUUAGCUAAGCUGGGAUGGAAUGUUGGCAAACAUGUCAGUGGCUCAGAAAGUAGAGCUAUUAGGAUGUUAGCAGCUCCACUCAGUGUUAGUGAGGGCGAGGGGAAUUGUCAUUUUGACAGGAAUUAAACCUCACACAGACCUAAGAGUCUAGGAAGAGCUUCCAUUAAGAAAAGAAAGGCGGGGGUGAGGGAAGAUUGUAGAGACUACUGCUUUGUUUACUAUAGAUCACACAGUAGGUUUUAAAAGAAAAGUAUCAGGGAAAAGUAAGUAGAAGAGACACCGAACCAAAGAAAAGAGGGGCUAAUGAGCAAGACAUAAAAUAAACAGGCAAGGAUAGUUUAAGGAAUUUUGGCCAAGAAAUAUGAGAUUCUUAGAUACAGAAUUGUAUCUUUCAAGAGUACUAUUAAAGGGAAGUGUUAUAAGCACAGUGAUUUCUGCUGUCAUUGGAGCAUGGGUAGUCUUGAGGGAGGAAAACACACUGGGAAAUGGGAUGGGGACUAGAUAUUCCAUAUUGAUUGGAACUAGCCAGGCAAUGCCUUGGCUGGUGGGUUCUAGUUAAUCUUUACUUUAGCAUUUGGGUAGCUAAAGUGACUCAACAUGAAACAGGUGGAAGAAAGGAAUUUUUUCUUGUGUGUUUGUAAGGACCCUGUUUUCACACCAGGGAUGGUGACCUGCCUAAUGGCUGAUGGUUUUUUUAUUUGUCAGUAGCCUGCCUUGCUCUGUUUCUGAAACAGGUAAAUGAUUAUAGGGAUGAUAAAAACGCCUUGUCUGUUUACAUGAAAAGCAAAUGUACAGACCGUCUAUUAUUUUAAAAAAUUAAAACCAUGUGCUCUUGUACAAUGUUUUAAUGAUUAUUCAUUGAUCAUGCAAUGAGUUACCCUAGACCGGCUUCUGAAGCAGGUUUAUUAAUAAACUGAC